GUGAAGCGCCCUUGCAGCCAUCGCAAACACGCGGCGACAGGCUCCUCACCUUUGAAUCUCCAACGCCUCUCCAGUCUGAGAUGUCUGAAACAUUGAUUUCACUCCAGCUCGGAAGAUCCAGUGCCCGUGCGCGAAAUUGAGCACAUUUGUCUCCAAUUCGUCGAUCCAAACUUCGUUCCGAGGUGGUCGGAUUUAGGCAGAGAUUUGUCAUCGGAGUAUGAAUGGCUGAUUCGAAUUGAUGUGGCUGCCUACGUCGGAGGUCCUGCUGGAUUUGUAACAGUAAUGCUGCACGACUGCUGAUUUGGGACUGAAGCUUUGUUGCGGUUGCAAGAGGGGAGGUCCCCUUUUCGCCUUCCGGGCAGAGCUAUAGUAAGAAAGCUUUCAAUUUCGGGAAUUUAUUUCUCCUGCUGCUGCUUCUUUUUGGCAUCUCUCUGGUGCUUAUAAGCGUCCGAGGGAUAAACGAAGAUCGUGUUCGGUGGCUGGUCACGUCUGGAGAAGAUCUUGAAGAUUUUUGGAUAGAAGGCCUCUUUUUUGGUACCUCUGUUAAGUCGCAAUCUCUUCGCUGCAGGUGUGCUGUAGUGACUGUGUUGAACAAUCUAUGUAUGACCAUCUAUGUGGACAGCGCAAAUCAGAAGUUGGUGAAAAGUUAGCUAGUUAAUUCAGUCGAAUUUUUGGGACGGUGUUGGUUUUCGCCACGGAACAGCCAAAGGAUUUGAAGUAGGCCGUUCAAGGCGUGUACUAAACCGACAAAAUGCCGUCUCUUACGUUUCCCGAUCUUGAAACGAAGCAAAUUGUUAUGCUGAUGAAAGAGCUGGGGGUAAAUUUGGAGGAAAAGAAUCUCCUCAACCCGACUUCAGAAAUCAUGUGGCCAUUGUACGAAACGGUGGCUCAGAAUCUUCUCGGGAUCUCCAGAGAAGAACUUCAGCAACCCGCCUUCAACGUUCUGUGCAAGCUGGAGUAUUCAGAAUUGCAUGAGGAAUCAGUUUGUUCUAUUGCCUCAUGGCGGAUCAUUAGGCAGCUCAUGUUUGCUGCUGGUGUAACGGAUUUCACCUUCCGUGAUCUCAUCAAACCGGACAGUAGACGCACCAUACGGAAUUUAAGCGGACUCAUAAAUUAUGCGAGAUUCAGGGCUGAACGAGAGGACAAACUUGCUGCCCUUCAGGACGAGAGUUUACUCGACACCAAGCUGCAAUUAGAGGAUGACAUAGAAGAGGUUAAGCGUGAGAUCGCUGCCAUUGAAGCCGAAAGAAAAGGUCAAAUACCACUUGUGCAAGCUCUUGAAGCCGAGACCCAUGAGUUGUGGCAAGACGUGUCAGCUCUCAACAAAAGACAAUCUGUGUUCCAGAGCGAGAUCCGUGCGCUGAAACAAGAGCUCAACAGCAUCAAUGAUGCUAUAUCUGGUCAAAAGUACAUGCUCCAACAAGCGAAACAAGAAGAAACAGAUCUAAGGGGCCAGAUUGUGCAGUCGCCUGAAAAGCUUCAGAGGUCAAUAGAAGAGCAGAAGAUCAUUCUCGAAAAAACUGAAAUAGCUGUGGAGGAAGCUCGCAAAAGUCUCAACCGUUGGGAACAAAAGCUCGAGUCAUUUUCUAAGGCUGAAAAGAAGGUGCUGAAGUACCUAGGCCGACUGGAGGAAGCUCAAAAGUUGCUGACCACGCAGAAGACGGCAACGAAGCAGGUGAAGGGCCUCAAGGCCAAAAUCAAAGCAGAUGAAGAGGAAGAGCGUCACCAAAACACCAAGCUUGCUGAACUCACAUUGAAAGGCGAUCACUGCCAGGAGCUUAUUGACAAUGCCGAGCGCCUCAAUCUUUCGAAGACUGAGGAACAAGAAAGGUCGCUAGAAGAGAUUAAGGAGAGGUACUCACAAUUGAUCAAGCGUCAACAAGAAGCUGAUCUUCCCAGUAAAGAAGCUCAGGUACAAUAUCUGAUCAAUCAGAUCGCGAAAAUUAUAAAUACCAAGGAGGACGUUAUUCGGAGCUUCAGGGAGGAAGUCGCGGGAAUUCAGCAACAGGUCUUGGCAUAUUAUCGUGCCAUACUCUCCUGCACAGGACCACUUCCACAAUUGUCCGGUUAGAAAAGCCUCGAAGUAUUUUGUGGUUCCAAACAAUUUUCCAGCCUCCACUCUGAUUGUCCACUGAGAUCCUCUCAAAAAUUAGAACCAUUUUCUUCAUCCUCAUGGUCUUCCGAAUCAUAUCCAAUAUUACAGGAUGCAUUGUGCGACCCUAUUUGCGUUAAAUAUCAUUCAGAUAUAGUAUGAACUAGUCGAACUUAUAGCUGAUAUGUGUGUUCAUCCACUUGGACAUCCAAGGUCAAUUUGUACAAUAUAUGUAAAGAAUGAGAAGACGUCGGCCUACAGUACCUUGGAACUUCUGUCUGUUGAUGUUGCCUGCCAUUGUCAUUAAUAUCUUCACUCAGUCUGUUCUCGCUGUUCGAAUUGGGCCGAACGUGCAUAAACACUGCUCCUUCCAAAUGAUAUUUUUUGUAUAUAUUUUUAUAUAUCG